AUGCCCGGAGGCCUGACCAUCGGCAGCAGCAGGACCCUGCAGAUUGAAAUCCCAAUCCCACAGGGAGCCCGACGCCGAGGCCUCUCCGGACCGAAGCUGUUCCGAACUGCUCCAAUUCAGACAUCAGUUCUGGGAACCAUUAUCAUCUUCUCCCUUUGCUGGUUAAUUAGAGACAACUUGCGAGUCAAAAAUAUCCAGGAGAAAUUUGUCUUCAUUACUGGAUGUGACACCGGAUUUGGAAAUCUGCUGGCAAAGCAACUUGACAAACAAGGGUUUAAUGUAAUUGCUGCAUGUUUCACAGCAAAUGGAGCAGAGGAACUACAGAUAGACUGUUCGACCAAAAUGAAGACAGUUAGGUUGAAUGUGACCAACCACGAUAACAUUCAGAAUGCAGUGGAAUUUGUGCGGGCAGAAGUUGGAGAACAAGGUCUCUGGGGUUUAGUGAACAACGCUGGAAGAGCAAAUCCAAUUGCACCCACAGAAUGGCUGACUAUAGAAGACUUUAACAAAGUUUUGGACGUUAAUCUGAUUGGACUUAUUAAUGUCACUCUUCAUUUACUGCCACUGGUAAAAAAGGCAAGGGGAAGGAUUGUGAAUGUUGCCAGUGUUAUGGGCCGAAUUUCAUUUGCUGGUGGUGGCUAUUGUAUAUCCAAAUAUGGAGUGGAGGCAUUUUCAGACAGUUUAAGGAGGGACAUGCAGCACUUUGGAAUGAAAGUUAGUAUUAUCGAACCGGGUUUUUUUAAGACAGAAACUACAAACUUAAAAAUCAUUGAAAGAGGUCUACUACAACUCUGGGAACAACUCAGUCUUGAAACAAAGCAACACUAUGGGCCAAAGUAUUUUGAUAAUUAUAUUGAAGUCCAACGGUUUUCAAUGACGUCACUGUGUUCUUCUGAUCUUAAAAAAGUCACGAACUGCAUGGAGCAUGCUCUGACAGCUAAGUAUCCACGGAUGCGUUACACUGCUGGAUGGGAUGCUAAGUUGUUUUGGAUUCCUCUCUCCUAUGCACCAUCGUUUCUUGUUGACUACAUGCUAUAUUUGUUGUUACCUAGACCCGCAUAUAGUUUGAGAAAAAGAAAAGCCAAAAAUAAGGUUGAUGUGUAA